GCGUGGUUAGCCAGUGUUGAUCGAGUAGGGUAAGGGGCCACAUUGCACGAGGAUACGACGUUGGAUUACCAGAUUUAUAAGAUGGAGAGCCCGAACUUCGUACUAGGUUUCGUAAAGAUCGUCGAGAAGCAUCCAGUGCUCUACGACCAAAAGCUACCCCAUCGCACCCCGCAUCUCUGCAGCAUAACGUGGGAAAAAGUAGCAGAGGAAGUCAGGAAUGAGUUGAAAGAAGAUUGUGCAGUUGAAGAUUUAAAGGCGAAAUGGAAAGGAAUACGUUCAUCUUACGCUAGAUUUAAAAGGAAGAUUGAAAAAUGCAAAGACAUCGGUACAAAGCAAUACUAUCUCUACGAUUCACUAACUUUUCUGUAUCCGCACACAAAACAUAGAGCAACGUCACUUCCCGGAGCGCUUGAUGAUUAUCAAGGCAGCGAUGAAGAUUGGGAUUCUGAAUUAUCGAUGCAGAUGUUGAACGAAGAUCCCAAUGACAAUAAACACUUUUGCCUCAAUCCCAGCAACUCUAUAUCUAUGCCAGUGUGCAUAGGCAAUAACCUUGUACUUAACUCGUCAGUAAAAAUAGAACCGAUAGACGAAGAUCAGCUCGUGGACACUACAGACAACGAUGACAACCAACUACGUACAGAAAAACAUGAAUUAAAACGGAAAGAACCCAUGGAUAUCUUUGAAGCUACCGCUGCAAAAGUACAAAAGACUGAAGAGAACGCCGAUUUGCAAUUCUUCAAGAGUAUAUUGCCUGAUAUUGAUCACUUCACAAAUUCUGAAAAGAGGAAAUUCAAGAUGGGUGUGCUGAAAUUAAUAGAUGACAUUGAAAAUAACCGACAAGGUCAGGAUGUAUGAUGUAGUAUAACUAUUAAGUAGGUAUUGAAAUUGCACGGAUUACUUAAGUA